CUUUCUUUCUCCAUUUCUUUACUAAAUAGUCAAAUCACUCCCCGCUAAUUUCGCCUUCAACGCUCGUACUCUCUGUUACUUGAAAUUUACCAGAAUUUAUGUCCAAAAAACUCGAUUCUUGUACAUGUCCAGCUCCAAACAAGCAACAUAGAACAGCUGGUUCAGCUAUCACAACACCACCAUGUCUCUCUUCCUCCUCCUCCUCUCCUUCUCCAUUUUCUUCUCUUCGUCCAUGGCCAUCCCCUCCUACCCCUUCGAUAUAUCAUACCACAUUGAUUGCGGCAGCUCCACCAACAGCACCGACCCCUUCAACAACACUUGGCUCUCCGACCGCUUCUACACGGGCGGUCUCACCUCCGUAGUCUCCGAGCCUCUUCACUUCCGCUUCCCUCACGAGAAGAAUCUCCGCUUUUUCCCUCUUACCUCCGGCAAGAAGAAUUGCUACAUCGUUAACCUCCCAAAUGGCCGCUAUUACUUCCGCACGUUCACUGUCUACGAUAACUAUGACGGUAAAUCUCACUCGCCUUCCUUUGACGUCGCCGUUGAAGGGACAUUGGUCUUCUCCUGGCGUUCUCCCUGGCCCGAGAAUCUCGCUCGCGAGGGAGCUUACUCCGAUCUCUUCGCUUUUGUCAAAGAUGGAGAGGCUGAUGUCUGUUUUUACAGUCUUGCCACUGAUCCUCCAGUUAUUGGUUCACUAGAGGUCAUACAGGUUGAUCCCUUGUCCUAUGAUUCAGCUACCAUCGGCGACAACUACAUUCUUGUGAAUUACGGGCGGUUGUCCUCUGGUUCCGACCAGUGGGGUCCCGGAUUCAGCAACGACACCGAUUUCUUCGGCCGGUCAUGGCAGUCAGACGCUGAAUUACGGUCCCCAAACGGAGUCAACAGAAUCAAUUCCAUCUCGACCCGAGAGACUAUAACAGGCACCGAUCAGGAACCGAAUUACUUCCCAACGAAGCUUUACCAGUCGGCGGUGACAUCAAAUGGGGCUUUGCAGUAUAAGUUAGAAGUUGAUGCAAAGUUAGAUUACUUGGUGUGGUUCCAUUUCGCGGAGAUUGAUUCGAGCGUCACAAAGGCAGGGCAGAGGGUAUUCGAUGUGGAGGUCAAUCAGAAGAGUGUUACGAGGAUUGAUAUCUUUAAAGAGGUUGGGGGUUUCGCUGCUUACAAUUGGCAUUAUACCGUGAAGAAUCUGAGCAGCAGCGUAUUGGAAGUGAAGCUGUUGCCAGUUGUUGGUGCGCCGUUGCUUAGUGGGCUUGAAAAUUUCGCAUUGGUUCCCUCGGCUCUCUCCACCUUGCCUGAGCAAGUGAUUGCUAUGAGAGCAUUGAAAGACUCACUUCGUGUUCCUGAUAGAAUGGGUUGGAAUGGUGAUCCCUGUGCUCCUACAAAUUGGGAUGCUUGGGAAGGAGUUACGUGCAGUCCCACCAAAGGCGGAUCACUUGUGAUAUCUCAAAUAGAUCUUGGAAGUCAAGGCUUGAAAGGGUAUAUCAGCGACCAGAUUAGUCUUUUGUCAAACUUGAUGAGCCUGAACUUGAGUUCUAACUCAUUGAGUGGUGCUCUACCAUCAGGGCUAGGUCAACAAGCACUCAUGCGGUUGGAUCUGUCAGACAAUCAAUUUUCAGGCUCUAUACCAGAUAGUCUGACCACUUCUUCAAAUCUACAGCUUGUGCUGUUGAAUAACAACUUAUUGGAAGGGCAAGUACCAGAGGAACUUUACUCAAUUGGUGUUCACGGUGGAGCUAUCGAUCUCUCCGGUAACAAAGGUUUGUGUGGUGUUCCUUCUUUGCCGGCAUGUCCUAUGUUUUGGGAAAAUGGGAAACUAUCCACAGGUGGCAAAAUUGCGAUAGGAAUAUCGUGUCUUGUACUUGUUUGUCUGGUGGCAUUGGUGUUUUACAUAUGGAUCAGGAGGCGCAGAAAUGACUAUGACUUUGGUCUCCCCCAAGAUUUGAUGUCAUUGGCUGCAAAGAGAAAUAAGUAUCAGAGACAGAAGUCCUUAAUGCUUCUCGAGAUGGAAAGCCAGCAUGCCAAGGCAUUAACACCUUUUACUCCGCAAUCAUGAAUGGUCUUCUUUGUAAAUAGGAUUAUGGGCUCUCAAAAGGGGGCAUAGAUAGUGCAACUGAACCUGAUUACAUAUUAAUACUCAAAAACUACACAAGCCGCAGUCCUCUGCUUCAGGAAGAUGACUUUACAAGGUUAGCUUCUUUCGACUAUUUGAACCGACGUAAGAAGUCUAUUCUUUCAAGAAUGCAUAUUCAUUGCUGCACACUGACAAACGCAUGCGCCUUCCUGUGUACAAUAGCUGUUUUGCAGAGUAUGUAUUCUGAAUUCAUAUUUGAAUGUAGUUUAACAGCACCACAGCUUUGUAUUUUACAUCAAGUGCUCUCGGAUGACCUGAA